AUGACAUCAAAAUUCCAUGCUAGACUUUCAAAAGAUCUUUUAUUGUUGCUAAAUAACGCAAAUGAUCAUAAUGUAGUUAUCCAAGUUGGAAAAGAUCAAAAUGUAAAAGAAUUUAGUGCACAUUCAUAUAUUCUGAGUGCUCGUUCACCUUAUUUUAAAAGUGCGUUUUCAACUGAAUGGGUUACAAAAAAUAAUAACGUUAUCGAGUUUAAAAAACCGAACAUUAAUCCGAACGUUUUCGAAAUGAUACUUAAUUACAUUUAUGCAGGAGAAGUAGAUUUAAGUAGACAUUCUGGUGCAGAUGUCCUUGGUCUUUUAGUUGCUUCAGAUGAAUUACUUUUCGAGGAAUUAUUUAACCAUGUACAGGAUUAUUUAAUUGAAAAACUAUCAACCUGGGUCCAACAAAAUUUCUUUCUCGUCCUUCAUAGAGUAUUUAACCUCACUAAUUGUGAAAAGCUUCAAAAUUACUGUUUUGAAUCCAUUUGCUCAGAUCCUUUACCAUUUAUUUCUGCAGAAUUUUUUGAUAAAGUUCAUCCGUAUAAGAGCAUUUUUCCUAAAAAUAUUUAUGAAGAAAUGAUGGAGUCAUAUAUGAAAAAUAAUUUACCAAAAACUACAAUUUUACCACCACGAAUUGGAAAGUUUCAAAUUGAAUCGAAAAUUGUCAAACCAAAGCUUGCUUCUGUCAUUAUUAACUGGAUUAAUAAAAAAGACGCAAAUGCUAUUCGUAGAAAAGAAGAUCCAUUAUACACGUUUAACCUAAUUUAUCGUGGUAGCCAAGAUGGGAUCAAUAAUAAUUCAUUUAGAAAAAAAUAUGAUUUACAAAUUCCAACCUUAGUUUUAGUCAAGUGUCAAGGUUCGCAAAAAAUAUUUGGUGGUUAUUCUCCAAUCGAAUUUUAUAACGAUGAUUAUGGUGAUCGUUUUGCUCGUUCAACUGAUUGUUUUAUUUUUUCUUUUGAAAAUAAUGAAGAUACGGGAAAUACGAAAUUAAGUCGUGUAAAGUCGCAUUAUUUUAAUAAUGCGAUAUACGAAUACAACGCUUAUAAUAAUACUUAUGGAUUUAAUUUUGGUGGUGGAGAUUUAUAUACAAAAAAUAAUUAUUUAUAUGUUGGUAAAAGCGGAUUUUAUGAACAUAAGUUAAUUGAAAAUAAUAAUCCUUUCACAAUCGAGGAAAUUGAGGCCUUUAGUAUAACAAAAAUCGAAAAAUAA